ACACGCGUUUCUUCGCCCGGUCGCGCGCGCACUGUCGCAACCGUUCCUCGUUACCGAGGAUGAUGCAGCGUCGCCGUCAUCCGGAAGAUACAUGAAGAUACCGCAUCGUCGCCGGGCGAUUCGGCCGUCGUCAGUCGUGAGUCAGGAGGGGAGGGGGAGGGGGGGAAAGAGAAAACAGCGUCUCUCGUGCCUAUCGUUUAUCGUCGCGGAAAAGAAAAGUCUUCCAGCCGUGAAUCGAGAACGAAAAAUUGCAUCGCACCGUUUUUUAUUUUAUUAUUAUCUCUAUCUUCCGCCUAAUUCCUGUGCGAUCUAUUUACAUUCUCCACGAUUUUUGAAAUGGAUACGACGAUACGCGAUCUCGAGCAGCGGCAGCAGCAGCAACAACAGCAGCAGCAGCAGCGUAAUCGGCAAGCAGAUCGGUCCCUGCCACAUUGCCGGAUCUGUGCGGCCGAUAUCGCCGCCGUAGACGGCGGUAUACACAUUUUUGGAGAGGACGGUCGGCGUCAUUACCUGCAGACCAAGAUAAGGAAAUACCUGUACAUCCUGAUAACUUCGGAAGACAAAUUUUCAAAAAUGGUCUGCUCUAUAUGCGUUAGGAGACUGGAGGGUGUCCAUCGUUUUGCAAUGAUGGCAUACCGUACCCAAGAAAGAUUAAAAUUGCAGCUCUUUUCUAACGUUGACAAUACAAAUUCCGUACCGGAUGAGGAGAUGCAGAUUAUUAAGAAUGCACAAAAUACUGUAAAAAAGAUAGAAGACCGAGGAUUGUUACAUUCUAUAUUGACAAAGGGUACAAUAGAAAUUUUAACUGAAGACGAACCACAGGGACCACCAGAGUCGAAUUCCCAAGAGGAUAAGUGCCACACGCCAAGCACAGAGGAAAUGGAAGUGAAGGUAGAUCCGAUGUUGUUUUUACAGUGUGCUAUGGAACAAUCCGCAUCAGAAGCUUCAGAUUCCUCCGACAAUGAGGAAGAGAUAAUAAAGACGCAUUCAUUGGAUUCUUUAUAUUUACACAAUAGAGACACUGAAGCGGAGGAGGAAGAAAGGAAGGAUGAAAGUGAGGCUAAAAUAUACGAGAACGGUGAAAAAACUGAGUCUGUGCAUGCAGCGAAACCAAGACACGAAUGUACAAUAUGUGACCGAUCUUUUAUAUCACAGAUCGGCUUGCAAAAUCACUUGUGGUCGCAUUUACCUAAGGGGAGAAAAUUCGACGGGAAACCUAUUUUACGAUCUCAGCACGUUUUUUCCACGAACGGUGUGCUUCACACCAAUCCUAAUCUUGUAAAGGAACAUGAUGACAAUUCGUCCAACUUUAUCUGUCCAAUCUGCAGUAAAAAAAUUUCCACGAAAGGAAACUUGAAAGUGCAUUUAGAAACCCACAGGCCUAAGGGAAAGUACGGCUGCGACAUAUGUGGAAGAAUCUUCAAGACGCAGAAGAAUCUGUUCAGACACAAGGAGUAUCACGGUGGCAUACAAUUCCCGUGUAAUGUAUGCGGCAGAGUGUAUCCGACGAAUUCGACAUUACGCGCUCAUAGUAUAACACACUCGGAUCUGCGACCGCACGCGUGUCCGCUUUGUGACAAGACAUUCAAGCGAAAUCAGGAUUUGAAAUUCCACAUAAAUCAGCACACAGGUGCGAGGCCUUAUCAGUGCCCUUACUGUCCGAAAGCUUUCGCGAGCUCUGGCAACUGUUUUUCGCAUCGCAAAAGGAUGCACCCGCGAGAAGUUCAUCGAGACCGACAGAGAGCGGCGGAUCUAAUGAGAUGAACCGUGGACAGUCAGUACGAGGACUGGUCGUAAAAAAGAAAAAAAAAUACAUCUUGAAUAAAACAUGUUCUGUCGACGAAAGUGAUAGAAAGUGACAUAUUAAUCACGUAUUAUCUGUAAGAAUGUAAACUUUAUUUCCAGAAAGUAACGGUGCUAAAAUGUACGAGAGCGGAAAAAUUUUUGUAUGCUUUAUUACUCUUAUUUAUAUACAUUUAGCGUUAAACACGUUGUUGUUGGUACUGUAUACUUUGUUAAUGAUUUAUUGAACGCGUAUGUUUCUCUUUCUGAUACGAAUGUUCAUUGAUCUAAGUGUUGGUAAACUUUUCAUUCGUUAUCAGUGGAUUUAGCGAUGAAGCUUUACUGCAGUGAGAAAAUAGGGAAAAUUAGUUGAAAAUUUCAUAGCCAGAUAUAUAUUCAAGUAUUAACACGUUUCUAGUCUUCUUUUCGAAACACUUAGCAAGUUACAUACAUUAUGUUAAUAAUAGAAAGAAAAUAAUGGUUGAGAGAAUUGUAUUUUUAGGAGAGUGCAUAUAUAGAUAUUAUUUAAAUUAGUUAAGCAUUUUUAUUCGGAUUAUAUAUAUGUUCAAAAAUAAUAUAAGUUUUGCCUCGUGAUUUCUCUUUUAUAAUGUUUAUCUUUUUUGUGAUGAAAAGCUUACACUGCCAUUUUAUGCAUAUUUAUUUCUAUCAUUUUUUUCUAACGUUUAGAAAU